ACACAUCUCCAGAGUCUUCUAGAAACAGUCUGAUUUGCUUUUUGAAAUUAUCCGAAUAGUUUCAGAAACCAGACUGUCAAUAUGCUCAUUAAGGAAUCUCACGUCGACGUGCCUACCAAGGCUGGUGGACAGGAUGGAUCGAUGAGAAUCUACAUAUUUCAUCCCACUGUUCCAGGCUACCCCAAUGCCCGAUUUCCAGGCGUCGUAGUCUUUAGCGAGAUUUAUCAAGUUACCGGCCCUGUGGCCAGAUUCGCUAGACAGAUUGCUGGUCAGGGAUACAUUUGUGCCGCUCCAUCGAGUUACCAUGAAUUCACUGGUCCUGAGCCAUUGAAAUAUGAUGCGGAAGAUACAGACAAGGGAAAUGCAUGGAAGAUUGCAAAGAAAGUACACGCAUACGACGAAGACGCUUCACUUUCAGUAGACUAUCUUCUCUCCCUCCCCACAUGCAACGGCCGCAUUGGUGCCACGGGCAUGUGUCUCGGAGGCCAUUUGGCGUAUCGAUGCGCACUUGACCAGCGCGUCAAAGCUGCUGUAUGCUACUUUGCGACCGAUAUCCACAGUGCGACUCUGGGGGAGGGGAAGAGUGAUGAUAGUUUGAAGAGGGCGGGGGAUAUUAAGGGGGAGUUGAUUAUGAUCUUUGGAAAGAAUGAUAACCACGUCCCGCCCGAAGGACGGGACUUGAUUCGCAAGACGCUGCAUGAGAAGGGUGUGUUGUUCAGUUUCUAUGAGGUUGCAUGGGCUCAACACGCUUUCAUCCGCGACGAACUCAGCAAAGGCCGCUAUGACCCUGCUAUUUCAAAGAGUUGUUUUGAGAUGCUACUGGAGUUGUUUAAUCGGACCUUGAAGCUUGAUUUGGGUGAUCAUGAUGGGAAAAAGCUUGAGAUUGAGGAUGUGUGUUAGACCUUCCUCUCUA